CUGCAGGAGCAAAUGUUUCUGCUGUACGACGUCAAGCUCCAGUGCCAGCACAACACCUCUACACACAACUCUGCAGAUGAUGUGUGUCCACCCGGCUGGGAUGGCCUGAUCUGUUGGCCUCAAGGCUACCCUGGUCAGCUCACUAAAGUCCCCUGCCCCAGCUACGUCUACGACUUUAACCAUAAUGGCUUUGCGUACAGGAAGUGUGAUACCAAUGGCUCCUGGCUCUUUAUGGAGGUUCUCAACAGGACCUGGACCAACUACUCCGACUGCCUGAGAUUUAUGCAGCCUGGACAUGAGAGAGGCAAACGGGACUUCUUUGAUCGCCUGUACGUGAUGUAUACUGUCGGCUACGCCGUUUCCUUUGCCUCCUUACUCAUCGCCAUCUUCAUCAUUGCAUACUUCAGGAGGCUGCACUGUACCAGGAACUACAUCCACAUGCACCUGUUCGUAUCCUUCAUGCUGCGAGCGGGCAGCAUCUUCGUGAAGGACGGGGUGAUGCACGCCAACGGGGGACUGCAGGAGUUCGAUGCCGCGCUCAUGGACAACCUCAACACCAUAUCCAUGGUGCCCCUCGACUCAUCGCAGUAUAUCGGGUGCAAGAUCACGGUUCUCCUCUUCAUCUAUUUCCUGACGACUAAUUACUACUGGAUCCUGGUGGAGGGGCUCUAUCUGCACUGUCUAAUCUUCAUGGCCUUCAUCUCCGACUCCAAGUACCUCUGGGGCUUCACGCUCGUCGGAUGGGGUGUCCCCGCCAUCUUUGUGUCGGCCUGGGCGGUUGUCAGGGCAACUCUGGCCGACGCUCGGUGCUGGGAGUUGAGUGCUGGGAAUAUCAAGUGGAUCUAUCAAGUUCCCAUCCUCAUGGCAAUUGGUCUCAACUUUGUCCUGUUUGUGAACAUUGUUCGAGUCCUCGCCACCAAGAUACGGGAGACCAAUGCUGGGCGCUAUGACACCAGAAAGCAGUACAGGAAGCUGGCCAAGUCUACGCUGGUGUUGGUGCUAGUGUUUGGGGUGCACUACAUCGUGUUCGUGGGGAUGCCCCACACGGGCCAGGGCUUGGGCUGGGAGGUCAGGAUGUACUUUGAGCUCUUCUUCAACUCCUUCCAGGGUUUCUUUGUGUCCAUAAUCUACUGCUUCUGUAAUGGAGAGGUGCAGACAGAGAUCCGCAAGAUGUGGACGCGCUGGAGCCUGGCGUUCGACUGGAAGGACCCGGUGGUGUGCACCAACUACCGCUAUGGUUCAGUGCUGACCAGCCUGAACCACAGCAGCAGCAGCCAAUCACAGCCCUCGCAGCUGGCCUCCGUGUCGUCGCGGAGCACCGCCCUCUUCUCCAGCCGCGUCUACCUGAGCUCGAGCAGCGGUUGUGCCCUGAGCGCCCACGCUACCUUGCCCGGUUACGUGUUCAGCAGCUCGGACAUCGAGAGCCUGCCGCCGUCUAUACCGGAGGAGCCAGAGGACAGCACCACGGCCGCCAAGCAGGUGGAUGACAUCUCGCUGAAGGAGUCGUCACCUGCAUCCACGGCAAACACGAUGAUGGCAGGUGUCAGCAACACAGGAGCUACCAACGCCACCACCACUGUGACAGGGUCUGCCACUGUCACUGUGUACCCCACCCGCGCAGAGGACAUUGAGGAGUCCCUGUAA